UCUAUUGCGUGGAAAGUAAGCAAGUCUUAUACGUUGCUUGCUUUAAUCAAAAGAUUAUACUUUAUGUCUCAUGCAAUUAAUAAUUUCUAUUACAUUUCUUUGAGCUUUCAAUUUUAAACUAAAGAAUAAAUAACAAACAGAAGCUACCUCCUCCUCCGUUCAUAUCUCCGAUUACUGUUACGAUCUUCAUCACAUUACCUCCGCCGUCCUCCUCUUCUCUUGCAGGGAGAAGGCGUUUCCGAUCAUCUCAACCUCCAAUUUAGCAUCUGUUCUUUUUCAUUGGAAGAUUCUAAUCUCAGCUUGUUUAUUCACAACACACUUACUGGUAGUCAUGGCAGGAUUGAUGGUUGCUGGAGCAUUUCUUACACCUGUCAUUCAAGUUAUUGUUGAAAGUGUUGCCUCAGGAGAUUACAAAGACCUCUUCAUUAAACGGUUGGUGAAUAAACUUAAAAUUAAAUUGAAUUCAAUCCAGAAAGUGUUGGAUGAUGCAGAGACAAAGCAGUACCAUGACGAAAGGGUGAGGUUUUGGCUUGAUAAUCUAAAGCAUGUGGUAUAUGAAGUAGAACAACUGUUGGACGAGAUUGCUACAAGUGUACAACGGAAGUCAAAGGUUCAUCGCUUUCGUUUAGUUGGCCAUUUUAAAUCUAAGAUCAAGGUUUAUUUCUUUCUUUUAGCUGGUCGAUUUAAAUCUAGGAUCAAUGAUUUGCUAGAUAAGCUAAACGUUCUUUUAGACGAAAAAGAUUUUCUGGAUUUGAAAGUAGGAAUAAUUGCUCAUAAUGAACUUUCAGAAAGAGUGCCAACCACGUCUUUGGUGGAUGAAUCUAGCAAAUAUGGUAGACAGGGUGAAAAAGAGGAAAUUAUCAGUUUCUUACUUUUAGAAAAUGGUAGUAGUAGCAGCAACCAAGCAUCAAUAAUCAGCAUAGUUGGUCUUGGUGGGAUGGGUAAGACCACCCUUGCUCAGCUUGUCUACAAAGACACCAGGGUGCAAAAGAACUUUGAUCUUAAAGCUUGGGUCUAUGUUUCAGAAUCAUUUGAUGUUAUUAGACUCACUAAAGCAAUUCUCGAGUCAUUUGGUUCUUCACCAAACACUGAAAAUCUAAAUUCACUCCAAUGCCAAUUGCAGCAGAAGAUAACAGGAAAGAAGUGUUUGCUAGUUCUAGAUGAUAUAUGGAAAGUAUAUUGGGAAAGUUGUGAGAAGUUACUAAGUUUCUUUAAUGAAGGAUCUUCUGGAAGUAAGAUUAUUGUGACAACACGAAAUAAGGAGAAUGCAUUCGCCAUGGAAUCUAAGUUAUUUGAAUUAGAUAAAUUGAAGGAGGGUGAUUCUUGGAGUUUAUUUGAACGACAUGCUUUUCCUAACAAAAAAGCGAGUGAGUAUCCAGAAUUUGAACCAAUUGGAAAGAGGAUUGUUGGCAAGUGUGGAGGGUUGCCAUUAGCCGUGAUAACUAUGGGGAAACUCUUGAGAGCAAAAUUCUCUCAAAGUAAAUGGAUCGAAAUAUCGGAGAAUGAUAUGUGGGGUUUAUCAGAGAAAGACACUAGCAUAAAUCCAGUAUUGAGACUGGGUUACCAUAAUCUUCCUUCCAAUUUGAAGCCAUGUUUUGCUUACUGUUCCAUAUUUCCUAAGGGUUAUUAUUUUGACAAGAAUAAGUUAAUCAAAAUGUGGAUGGCAAAUGGUUUCCUGAAUUCCUACAAAAGUGACAAAAGUAAAGAAGAGUUGGGUAGUGAAUUAUUCAAUGAUCUUGAGUCAGUUUCAUUUUUUCAAAGAUCACUAGAUUUUGAUGAUUAUUUUAUCAUGCAUGAUCUUGUAAAUGACUUGGCAAAAUCAGUGUCUCAUAAGUUUUGCUUACAAGUGGAGGAUGAUAAGUUGCAGGAUAUAAUUGAAACAACACGCCACAUUGGGUGCUUUCUUGAGCUGGAAGAUUUUGAUGAAAUUUUAAAGCAUAUUUAUAGAGCUAAGGGAGUACACAGCUUGUUUGCAGAACGACCACCAGGAAGUGGCAAAUGCUUCAGGAUAAGCAACAGUAUGCAAUGUGAUUUAUUUUCAAAGCUAAAAUAUUUGCGGAUGUUGUCAUUUCGUGGGUAUAGUGAUCCACACAGUGAGUUAGAACUAGCAAAUGAGAUUGGCAAUCUAAAGCUUUUGCGUUAUCUAGACUUGUCUUGGACAACAAUUAAAAGGUUGCCCAAUUCUAUCAGUAAGCUUUACAAUUUAGAGACACUGAUAUUGGAAUGUUGUUAUUGUUUGACUGAAUUUCCUUUAGAUCUUUCCAAACUUGACCGUUUACGCCAUCUUAAUCUGAAUGGAACUGCAAUAAAAAAGAUGCCAAAGAACAUAAGUAAACUAAACCAUUUACAAACUUUGGCUUACUUUGUUGUGGGAGAGCCGAGUGGUUCUGAUAUUGAGGAGUUAGAAAGUCUCAAUCUUCUUCAAGGAGAACUUUGUCUUUCAGGAUUGAACAAUGUCACUGAUCCAACACAUGCCGUAAAGACCCGUUUGCAAGAUAAAAAGUUUUUAGAAGAAAUACAUAUGAUAUUUGAUGGUUCAGUAGUGGAAAGCAAUGUGUCUGUCUUGGAUGCCCUUAAACCAAAUAAAAAUCUGAAGAGGCUCACCAUUAACAACUACAAUGGCAAUAUGUUUCCAAUUUGGCUAAGGGGUUGUGAUUUACCCAACUUAAUAUCUCUUAAACUUAAGUAUUGUCAUGGAAUAAAGAUUUUUGGAAAUAACUCAACAAAUGUUCCGUUCAAGUUCCUUGAAGUUUUGGAAUUUGACUGGAUGUCGGAAUGGGAGGAAUGGUUAUGUAUUGAAGGGUUUCCCCGGCUUAAAGAGCUUUAUAUAGAAAAUUGUCCCAAAUUGAAAAGGGCAUCACUGCCUCAACAACUUCCUUCAUUACAGAAGUUGGUGAUCAGAUGGUGUGAAAUGUUGGACGUAUCAAUUCCCAAUUGUGAUAAUAUCAAAGAGUUAGAACAAUAAUAACACUAAGUAUGUAUUUGAUGUUGAUCAGUGGCAAGUCCAUAUGAUCCGAUCCCUUUGUAGUAUGGGAAGUGCCCCUCAAAGAUCUUGCAGACCAAGACAUACCAUUGCCAUCAAAAUGAAGCACAUCCACUUUCCUAAUCAUUUCAUCAAUUCAAAAGUAUGAGUAAUUAAAUCAAACAAUGGAUUUCAAUUAUUUUCUAUUAUUGUGUGUUCAUAAGAGUCUGUAUUUAUUCUAAAAAAAUAAGACUUUGUAUUCCUAUUGUUAAUUGUCCAGUUUCCUUUUUCUGUAGUGUGUCUUGUGUCUGUCUACAUAACAUUAAGACUUGAGAAAAUAAAUGUGAAUGGCUACAUUGAUUUUCUUAUUAUU